UUUGAAGAUAACGAUCAUGUGAUAAUUGAUACAUCCCGGACUCGUAAUGGUUUCCAUUUUCUAGUACUUUAUACGCAUAAUGAAGAUUUGAAUGAUAACGAUCCUUGUCACCAAGAUAACGAUCAUGUGAUGACGAUCCUUGUCACUAAUGGUAAUUUCUUAUUUCGCUGUAUCAUCACUCGUUUUUUUACUGUUUCUUUUACUCCACUUCCACCGCUUGAAGUUAUCGAAAUGGGACUUUUUUUCAUAAAGACAAGA